AGCAGCUCCUACAACUCCAGGGUGGCCACCGACCCGGGAAAAACCGGGAAACCUGGAAAAAGUCUGGAAUUGGAAAGGACCCGGGAAAAAUCUGGAAAUAAUCUUGAAUUUUACUAGUCAUUAGGGAAAAGUUCGUUUGUGUGCCCCGCUUUUACACGCAGCGUCUGACUUGCAAGAAACUGCGUCGGCUUUAGUUUCGAAUUUAAUUAAUUUUUCAGCAGUUUAUUUACUAUAUCUAUGUGUUUUACGACUUAACGGGAAGUCAAAACAUUCAUUUUACGUAUUUGAAGACGUUCAUGUUUUCGUACCUGUACUUGUUCUAAAUGACUAACGAAAAAAAAAAAAAAAUACUUUACCCAGGUCUACCACCAUAAACAUCGUUUCUAACAGUAAUACGCUCCACGAAUGCGUGGGUAAUACAAUGGUAGUACAUGAGUUUGAAUUCAGCAGUUGGUUGCAAUGAUCGGUCGUAGGAACCAAUGACAAAAUUAUAUGCGUUCUUAUAUUCUUAUUGGCGUAUUGCGCAGUUUUUUCGUUUGUGAGGUAUGAGGAGGGUUUAGAAGAUGGCGAUGGUGCGUCGAUUGUUUAGCGGAACACGAACGUGAAUAAUUUUUUGUUUGUAGUUUUUGGAAGCAUGAGUAUCUUGUAGCAGUGAAUGCAGGAGGGAGGUUAGGAUCAUGUCAACGAGAUAUUCCUGUCGCUAUGAGGUGGAGUUUCCGUGGGCCACCGAGGACCCUAAAGACAAAGGUAGCGCAAAGUGCAAGAUCUGUGCGAAAAGUUUUAAGUUAGAUACUAUGGGCAGAGGUGCCUUUUUAAGCCACGCCAAAUCGAAAUUUCACCAAAAUGCGAAGUCAUGCCAAGAUAGAAAUAUGUACGUUACUGCAUUUUUUUCCACUCAUCCUGGUCAACACCAUGAAGCUGUUCCGUCUUGCAGCAAAGGUAUUGCUGCACGACAUGAACAAGCGAAUCAUGUCGAUCCUGAUCAGAAGUCAUCUGUAGAUAACUUGGUAUCAACUAUCGAUACCAGCGAGACUCCAAAUCGAAAUGUUCUUCAAAGGUUCCUUUUGGGGGAACAUAUUACGAGGGCGGAAAUUUUGUGGGCUCUUCACACUAUUGUUGGUCACACAUCACUUCGUAAAGCAGCUGAAAGUGUAUCAGUCAUGAAACUCAUGUUUCCUGACUGUGCGGUCACUCAAAAAAUGGAGUUGCAGCGUUCGAAGAUUGGUUAUCUAAUUAACCAUGGCAUAGCUCCAUAUUUUGAAAAAGAAUUGAAGGAGCUGGUAAAAAAAUCAUCUGAAAUUGUUAUUGGUUUUGAUGAAAGCCUAAACAAGGUUGUUCAGCGUGAACAAAUGGAUAUACAUGUCCGCUUCUGGGAUGAAGAACUCAACAUGGUGCAGUCUAGGUAUUUCACGUCAGUUUUCCUAAGCUCUACUCGAGCCCAAGAUCUAUUGAAGGGACUCAAGAAUGUUUUAGGACAUGAAAAUUUGAGAAAAAUUAUUCAAGUGUCCAUGGAUGGGCCCUCUGUGAACUGGAAGCUAUCUAAGGAUCUAGUUACUGAAUUGCGUGAAGAAAUAGGUCGUGAAGGUUUUGACCUAAUCAACAUUGGCAGCUGUGGGCUUCAUGUUGUACAUGGUGGGUUUAAAGAAGGAAUAAAAGUGACAGGAUGGUGUGUAGUCGGGUUCUUAAGAGCGCUUUAUUAUCACUUCAAGGAUGUUCCUCUGCGGAGAGCAGAUUUCUCAUCUUGCACAGGUUGCACUGUAUUCCCCCUUAAAUUUUGCUGUGUGAGAUGGGUGGAAAAUAAGAAAGUUGCUGAAAGAGCUUAUGAACUACUGCCACAUAUGAAGACUUAUGUUGAAGCCAUCGAAAAGCAAAUAAAGGACAAAGUGAAACCUAAAGAUUCACACUUCAAACGAAGUUUUCCUGCUCUUAAAGAAUCCCAAAAUUUCAAGAUUAUUUGUAGUGCUGUAAAGGAUGAGAUGAUGGGUGCCAAACUGGCCUUUUUCACUGCUGGAGCAUCACUUGUAGAACCCUUUCUACGAGAAUUUCAGAGUGAUGACCCAAUGGCACCAUUCUUGCAUCAAGAACUUCAGGCACUCACAACCACUGUGCUUAAGAGAGUUGUAAGAAAAGAGGUUAUCGAAAGUGCUCAAUCAAUUACAAACAUUGACUUGUCGAAAAAUGAAAACCUUCUGCUGGCAAAUCAGGUGGACAUUGGUUUUGCAGCUACAGAUGCUCUGAAGAAGGUACGAGGUCAGCUUGCUGAGAAGGUUGUGCUACAAUUUAAAAAUGACUGUAGAUCAUUUUAUGUUGGCUUCCUUCAAAAGGUUCUGCAGCGUUCUCCACUUGCAUAUAGUCUUACUAGACAAAUCUCCUGUAUCAACCCUGAGUUGAUACGUAGUAAACCAAACCUUGCUGAGAAAAGAAUUAAAGCAUGCUUGGAACUUCUAGUUGAAAAGCAACAGAUCCCGGGGUCCACCGCUGACAAGAUUCUGCAAGAAUACCAAGAAUUUAUCCAGAUAGCUUCCGUGGGAGAAGCCAUGAAGUCUUAUCAUCGCCAGAAUCAGCGUCUAGAUUUGUUCUACGUGCAGGUUAUGGUGGAAUCUGGCAAAUCAUUUCCAAGUUUACUACUAUUUAUCAAGCAUUUGCUUAUUCUUUCCCAUGGAAAUGCUGCUUUGGAACGUGGUUUUUCCGUAAAUUCGGAUUGUCUGGUUGAAAAUCAAACUGAGGAUAGUCUUAUUGCACAAAGAAUUGUGUAUGAUGCUGUCAUGAAUUCUAAGGGUGUGCAACAUGUGCAAAUUACUAAAUCGCUUAUCCACUAUGCAAGGAAUUCUUGUGCGCGUUAUAAGGAGCAUCUGGAGAGUAAAAGAAAGAAGGUAGAGGCUGAAAAAAGUGAAAGGGACAAGAAAAGAGAAGCUCAAAAAAAUCUAAGGGAACUGGAGGCAAAAAAGGCGAAAAUAAUGAAUGAUGCCUUAAAAGAGGCAGCCCUCAUUGAUGAAGAAAUAAAAAAACUUUAAAUGGUUCAUGUGUGUGGAAAAGUGAGAAUUUUUGUAUCAGCGAUUUUUAUUUAAAUAAAAUAACACUUUAUAUCAAGAACACUUCAAAAUACUUCAAAAUGUUUUUGUAAUUUGUUCACUGAUUGGUGAGUAUUCUUGGUUUUAAUAAAUUCUUAAAGUGAUUAUUGUUAUAGUGUCCUUGAUGUCGGUAAACAACAUUAAUCAAAACAAUUGAAAAACUAUUUCAAAAUAUAUUUUUUUGCCACAUAUAUGUCAAUUUUUUUAAACCUGGAAAAUCUUAAGAAAACCUGGAAAAAUCUGGAAAAAGUCUGGAAUUUGGUUUUAAUAAUAGAGUGGCCACCCUGAACUCACACCUGCUAUAG